CUACAAUCUACGUAUACGUUAGAUGUAUUAUUAUUCGAUUACUAAAUGGUUAUUCCGCAUGUGUAAACGCGUGGGCACUUUAAAAAUGGCGGAGUAACCGUCAAGAUACUUUUCUUCGAAUACGAUGGCGGAAUCGAAGGAUGCUGCGAAUACGUCCGUUGUAAAAUCUGCAAAACAGAAAGAGAAAAUAUACGCUGCAGUAUUUCUAAGCACCGUCGCAAGUAUUUCUGCCUUUGCUGGUUUUGCCAGAGCCGUGGGGGUUACCAAAAAGCAAGAUCCAAAACACUUUGGAGAAGGAAUUUCUGGCGUUAGAGGAAUUAACGAAACAGGAGCAUCAUUAGCAAUACGAGCCCUUGGCUGGGGCUCGCUUUUUGCUAUCACAGGAUGUGGCUUAUUUUUCUAUGGAAUCUGGAAAAUCUCUGGAGCCACUAAUGCAGAAGAAUUUAGGUUUAAAAUGGGUUCCUUAUUACCAAAAAUACCAAAGAAUAAUCCACCUCAAAGUAGAACAGAAUUUGAGGGCUUGACAGACCUAUUAACGUACAUCUCUGAAGAUUGGGGACAAAAUAAAGAAGAAUAAAGACUUGAAUGUACAUAA